GGGGAAGCCCCCGGAGGAGAGGGACGGUGAAGCUGGGCCUGGAAGGUGAAGAAACCAAAUCUCGGGCCAAGCCACUUGCCUUGGGUCACCUAGCCAAAGGAGGCAGAGCCAGAACUUACACCCAGAUCCAGAGAGGACAGGAAAAUGGCCACCUGGGAUGAAAAGGUAAAUUAAUUCUGGUGGACCAGCAGCGUUAAAGGACCUCCCCAGGCUUGAAGACAAUUCUGUUUGGUGUUUCAAACAGGAUAAAGGGAAAACACCUGUUUGGGCUGUUUCUGCCACACCGAAGCGUUUAGUCACAAAGGUGAAAACUAUAGCAGGAAUUCACAGACCUCAAGAUAGCCUAAUAAUCUGAAUCAGAUCCUUCAAAUCCCACCUCUGCAUUUUAAUAACCAUGUGUCACGAGGCCCUGACCUUCACCUCGCUGAGACCUCCGUCUCCUUAUCUGGAAAAGGGAGAGAAAAUUAUCCUUGUUCCUGAAGCCUUGUCAGGAAGAGUUGAGGAGACCGUGAUCUCAAACUGCUAGGCUGAUAGUCCCUAAGUGGCUUUUCCCUGCUGCCCAUUUUACAGAUAAAGACACUUGCUCAAGAUCACACAGGUAGAAAGUGGCAGAAAUAGGAUCUCACCCCGGCCUGACUCCAGAGCAAAUGCUUUGCCUUUUGUAUCAUGUGAUCAUCCCAAGCAACUAUUAAACUCCGUCCUUGAUAUCUGCGGUGCAGGCCAGCUCCCGCAGGGCCAAAGUGGCUCCAGCCAAGAGGAUGAGCAAGUUCUUGAAGCACUUCACUGUCGUUGGGGACGAUUACCAUGCCUGGAACAUCAACUACAAGAAAUGGGAGAACGAGGAAGACGACGAGGAGGAGGAGCAGACGUCACCAGCACCUGCGUCCAGCGAGGAGGGCAGAGCCCCCGACCCAACGGCGGCCCCCGGCCCCGUGCCCCGGCCCCCCCUCGACUUCAGGGCCACACUGAGGAAGCUCUUCAGCUCCCACAGGUUUCAGGUUAUCAUCAUUUGCCUGGUCAUUCUGGAUGCCCUCCUGGUGCUCGCCGAGCUCAUCCUGGACCUGAAGAUCAUCGAGCUUGACAAGAAUGACUAUGCCGCCAAGGUGUUCCACUACAUGAGCUUUGCCAUCCUGACCUUUUUUAUGAUGGAGAUCUUUUUUAAAUUAUUUGUCUUCCGCAUGGAGUUCUUUCACCACAAGUUUGAAAUCCUGGAUGCCAUUGUGGUGGUGGUUUCCUUCAUCCUCGACUUCGUCCUCCUGUUCCAGAAGCACCAGUUUGAGGCUCUCGGCCUGCUGAUUCUGCUCCGGCUGUGGCGGGUGGCCCGGAUCAUCAAUGGAAUAAUUAUCUCAGUUAAGACACGUUCAGAACGGCAAUUGCUGAGGCUAAAACAGAUGAAUAUACAGUUGGCCGCCAAGAUCCAACACCUUGAAUUCAGCUGCUCUGAGAAGGAACGAGAAAUUGAAAGGCUGAACAAGCUAUUGAGACAGCAUGGACUUCUUGCUGAGGUCAACUAGACACGUGCCUGCUCCAUCCCGAAGAGAAGACCCUUGCCUCUCGGGCUUGUGCCGCUGACGAGAAAGGCAGCUGCCCCUCUUGGGGCCGUUUCGGGGAGAGGUUUGGUUUGAUGCCUUUGCCUCGCCCCCACCCAGCUCAGAUUCUGGGGGGCUGAGGAGGAAAGUCUGUGGGAAGGCUCGCUCUUUCUUGGCGUGACCAAGAGCUUCCCAUCCCAUUCUCACCCCCUUUCACAAUGUAUCACAAACUAUAUUUUCUCAUGUUAAACAAACAAUUGACUCUUGUUUAAAAUGAAGGACAAAGCUGGACAACUUGUAUAUAAAAUUUAAUCUCAUCAAA